UCUCCUCCUCCUUCUCCUCCUCCCCUCGCCCCGCUGAUUGGUCCACCCCGGCUAUAUUUUGCCCCUUCCAGCCCAGCAUCAUCCCAAAAGUUUUUUUUUGGGGGGAAAGGGGGGAAAAAAUAAAAAAAAGAUAGGGAAAAAAAAAAGAAAAGAAACCAAAACAAACGCAGGCGAGCGCGAGUCCCCCGAAGGCAGGCGAGGGAGGCGAACUGCGGGCGGCUGCUCGGCGGUGCUGGACCCGGUGGGACGCGGCAGGAAUCCCGAUUCUCUCUCCGGCACCCGGUCGGGUCGGACACAAAGUGCUGUCCAGCUGGAAUGAAUAUAUCUGAGUCUAACUACUGCCGAGAGGAGAUAUCGCAACCCCGGGGCGACUGUUCAUGGGUCACCGCCGCCGUGCCGGCCGCUGAGCCCGGGCUCGCCUUCCCGCGCCCCCCGGGAGCCGCCUCCCCCUCCAGCCGCACGCCCAGCCCCGAGCCCGGCUUCGCCUUCGGCCCCGGCCCCGGCGGCGCGGCCCCCGGAGCGGCCCCCAGCCGCACGCCCAGCCCCGAGCCGGGCUAUGGAUACAGCCCCCCGGCCGGCCGCCCCGAGGGCAAGGCCGCCGAGGACUCCCGCAUCCGCCGGCCCAUGAACGCCUUCAUGGUCUGGGCGAAGGAUGAGCGCAAGCGGCUGGCGCAGCAGAACCCCGACCUGCACAACGCCGUGCUCAGCAAGAUGCUGGGCCAAUCGUGGAAAGCGCUGAGCGCUAGCGACAAGCGUCCCUUCGUGGAAGAGGCAGAGCGACUGCGAAUCCAGCAUCUCCAGGAUCACCCCAACUACAAAUACCGCCCAAGGAGAAAGAAGCAAGCCAAGAAAAUCAAGAGGAUGGAACCCAAUAUCCUCCUGCAUAACCUUUCCCAGCCUUGCAGUGACAACUUCAGCAUGAGUCACCAUGGCGGCAGCCAGCCGGGCCACCCCCAGCCUCCCCCACUUAACCACUUCAGAGAACUCCACUCCAUGGGGUCGGAUAUUGAAAACUAUGGCUUGCCAACUCCUGAGAUGUCUCCCUUGGAUGUCUUGGAACAGACCGAGCCGGCGUUUUUCCCUCCGCACAUGCAGGAUGACUGCAACAUGAUGCCCUUUCGCGGCUACCACCACCAUCACCAGAUGGAGUUUCCCCAGGAGAAGUGCAUGGGGCGGGACGUGGCCGUGCCCUACACGCAGACCCCCUCACACUUGGCCGACGCCAUGAGGACUCCCCAUCCCUCCAGCCUUUACUACAACCAGAUGUGCUCGGGAACUCAGAACGGGCUUUCAGCCCACCUGGGCCAGCUGUCGCCCCCGCCUGAAGCCCACCACAUGGAGAGCGUGGAUCACUUGAACCAAACCGAGCUCUGGACAGAUGUUGACCGCAACGAGUUUGACCAGUAUUUGAACAUGAGCAGGACUCGUCCCGAAGCCUCGGGCCUCCCUUACCAUGUCUCCCUGUCCAAAGUGACUCCUAGAAGCAUCUCCUGCGAGGAGAGCAGUUUGAUAUCCGCCCUGUCCGAUGCCAGCAGUGCUGUUUACUAUAGCCCCUGCAUCACCGGUUAGGUUGAUCCCACCAUCCAAUGCGCGCACCAGGAGAGCCCCGGCUCUCCUCUAAAAACAAAAAGCCAUCCUCCUUUAACCACGAGCUCCAUCAUAUUUAGAGUAUCUCAUUAAAUGCAUCGCUUUCUUGUUUGUUCUUUUUUAUUUUGAUUUUUUUUUAAAUUUUUUUUAGAGACAGACCAUGCUGAACUCACUGAUAUACCGUAUAACUAUAUAACACAGAUAGACGCCUUUCCCCGCCGUGCUCCCCGCUCCAGCCCUCGGCAGGGCACAUCUCCAGCUCCCACCAGCUCCAAGGGGCAUUUUCAAGCCAUUUCCAGUAAAUCCUGCCUGAAACAAUCACACCAGGAUGAGCCAAAGUGUGACCUGUCCCCAGUAUUUACUCAAGGACAGGCAAACUUUUAGGGGGAAAAAGCUUUUAGAAAGACUUUGCCGGGGCUGUUAAAGAGUCGGCGCCCAUUAGGGGUGGGCUUUAGGACAGUUUUUACUGUAUUCUCAGCAAUAUAUUUUAAUUGGGCAACAAAACUAUAUUUUUACUAAGCAUUUUUAUAUAUAAAAUGGUAUUUAAUGUCUUUUGGGGGUUUUUUUAUUAGACUUUUUAAAAAGAAAUCAAGGGAUAUCCAUGAGAUCUAAAGCAUUUAUGUAGCAAAGCUGGAUUUAAAGAAAAAAAAGGAAGGGGGGAAAAAAGGAGAUAUUUUGUGAAAAGGGAAUGAUAAUGUAAAUAUUGAGGAACAACUGACUGGAAUUUUGUACAAAAGAAAAAUAUGACUGCAAACACUUUUAUUGUCUAGAACUGUAUGGAGAGCAAACUGUUUUAUUCUGGUUAAUUAUUAAAACAUCUUCAUAUAAUUGUUCCCAUCUUGUGUGCUUGUUGUGUGAACACAUAUUUUCCGCAAAUACAUGUUGUCCCAACCAUUUCCAGAUUUUUGUAUCCGUUGAUUAAUGUUUUGACAACCUGGCAAAUGUAUUAAUUUCCAAGCUGCCGCCUGCCCGCCCCGUCAGCCGCCUCGGGCUCCGCGAGCGCGGCUCUGCCCGGCUCAGCACGGGAUGGUGGCUUGGGAUGGGAUAGGAUGGGAUGGGAUGGGAUUCUGGCAGCAGCCCCACAGCACCGUGCCAUGCCACCCAGAGAUGCUCC